UACUGAAUCCACUCAGCGUGGUUGUGUUUACAGGCGUAUUGUUUACUUGCCGCCUGCAGCCGAAGCUCUCUGCUAUCAAUGUCGAGGAGUAAGUAAAAACAGACCUUUUUAGAUAUAGCGACCAUGAAGCAGGUUAGUGAGGCUGUGAAUGUACCUACAUGCUUCAUGUCAAACCAUGAAGGCUUUCUUGGAAGCAUCAAAAAUUUCAUUGAGGACUUUGUGGUGACUGAAAUAGACAUCUAUGGACAGCAUGUUAAGACACCAGCAGCCGCACAGACACCGGGCCGUGCCCCCUCGGAUGGAAACGACAGAACCAGAAGAGAAUAUAAAGAGGACAGUCAUUCCUCAGCCUCACAGGACACGGAUGUCCUUCUGGAUUGGGGAGAAGAUGACCCACUCCCUAGUCUAGGGAGUCUAGAUUUAGGUGUGAUUUUAGGUCAGUCAGUCAGCGAGGAGCUCGAGCAGUUUGUGUUAACUCUCAGAGAUAAAAAUCCCCCUGAGCUGGAGCUUUCCCUUGGUUCCUUUGCUGACAAACACCAAAGAGCCAGCGUCCAUCGGGCUGUCAGACACCGCUUCCCUUUCCUCAUGACUGUCACCAUUCAGCCAGAGAUCAGGGUGAGGGAGGACCCCGACUACAGAGAGCUCUCCCAGCUCGUUAAGGAGGACGAGGCGGAGGACUUUUUCAGGUUUAUAGAUGCUAAAGUGAGAGGUUCAUCCUAUACUUUUGGACCCGAUGACAAUAAGGAGCACAGGACGGCAGUCCAUCACUUCCUGAACCGAAGGUUUGGGAAACUGGUGGAGACUAAAAGCUUCAGCGACCAGGGGAGGACAUCAAUCUCAGUUAGGCUGAGGGAGCGAGGGAGGCCAAAGAAGAGAUCGGCGGAGGAACGUAAGGAAGAAGAAGUUUAUACUGCAUUCACUCUGUGUAAGGAAAACCUUGAAACUCUGGAGGCCAUCAGCUACAUGGCAGCAGUUCUCGGGGUCCUGCCGUCUGAUUUUACCUACGCUGGGAUCAAGGACAAGAGAGCGAUCACCUACCAGUCCAUGGUGGUCAAGAAGGUCUCACCUCAACGAUUGAAAGAAAAGAAUGCAGAGUUUGCGAAGAGAGGGAUGCGCGUGUCUCAGGUGCGUUCUGUCAGCGAGCCUCUCCGGCUGGGACGACUGCAGGGGAAUCACUUCGACCUGGUUGUCCGGGACCUGAGACCACAUGGGGCCGGCGACACACACUCUUCUGGUUCAGACUUGCACACUCGCCUGGCAGCACUGGUGAAAGAAGCAGUGGAUAAUGUCAAGACUAGAGGGUUUGUCAACUACUAUGGACCACAGAGGUUUGGGAGUGGACAGAGCGUUCAGUCUGAUCGAGUAGGACUAGCUCUACUGAAAGAGGACAUGGUGAGUGCUGUGCGUCUCUUCUUCACUCCAGAGGAAGGCGAUGAUCCUCAGAGUCAUGCGAAGAGACACUUCCUCCAAACAGAUAACGCCAAGGAGUCUUUAGCAUUGAUGCCGCUGUCCAAGCCCAGGGAGCGGUUGAUGCUUCGGGCCCUGAACCGCUAUGGUACAGGUCCUGAUGGUUGUAUCCAGGCAUGGCUCAGCCUGCCCCACAGCAUGAGAAUUUUCUACCCUCACGCCUAUUGUAGCAGAGUUUGGAAUGAGGCAGCGGCUCACAGGUUAACUACAAUGGGUCAUAGUGUCCGAAGAGGUGACCUGGUGUGGUUACGAGAGGGGCAAAACAAAAUGGAAGAUGCCAGAGAAACCAGCAUGGCUCAGAUCCAUGUGGUGACAGAUAAAGAGGAGCAAGAGGGUAUCUACAAACUGGAACAAGUUGUGUUACCGAUGCCAGGAAACACUGUGAAGUAUCCAGAAAAUGCCAUGGGAGCUUGGUACCAAGAGAGAUUGGCCAGAGACGGCCUGGAAGACUGCCGCUUCAGAGUCAGCAGCCUCAAACUGAACCUGCCUGGCUGCUACCGCCCCCUGCUGGCAGUGCCGCACAAACUCAGGUACCAGCUGCAGAGAGCAGCCAGCAGAGAGGGUGGAAGAGCGAUGACAGACUCUGACUCGCUCACUCUCACCCUAAACUUCGACUUGGACUCCUCCUGCUACGCUACCAUCUGCCUCAGAGAGAUCAUGAAGUGUGACCCCUAAAGGUCACGGGGACGUAAGUGUUGUAUUUGUUUGAAGGAGACGAAAGCUGUUUUUUACACUCCUUUGUACUCUAAUUGACAGUUAUCGUGAUAUGUUAUCAGUAGUAUUUUAGUUUAUUGUUGAAGUUUUGUUGUUAAAGACUGUAAGCAUAAAGAAAAAUAUUGUGCAGUUGAUAAAACGUAAUGAAAGGAGGCCACUGCCAAAUGUGAACAAAUGUACAUGUAAAAGAAUGUUUCCUGUGCCAUGAAUAAAUCCUC